AUGUUAGCUUCGGUACGGGCAGCGACACGGGCAGCACCACGAUGUAUUCGCACCAUUUCCACAGGUUCUGCGGGGGAUACGAAGACCUUUCAAGACGCGUACAUGGCCUUCGGUGCCAGUCUGCCCAACGCAGUCGCGAAAACUAGCCCCGUUCCCCAACCAACUCUGAUGACCUCCGGUGGUCCAUCUAUCAUGGAUAUCCCCCCCGCGGAGGACCCCCUGCUGAACUACUUCACGUCGAGUAUCAUGCAGGAUGGCAAGCGCGCUCGGGCUGCUCGUAUCACAUCGCGCAUGCUCCUCCACAUCCACGCCGCUACCGGUGCUGACCCAGUUCCGACUCUCCGCGAGGCCGUGCGCUUGGCCUCGCCCGCAGUGAAGUCUCUAAUCCACCGUGUCGCAUCGAAGAACGUCGCUAAACCCGUGGCUUUGGGCGAGAAGCAGAGGGUGCGGUACGCGGUGCAGUGGAUUCUGAAGGCGAGCGAGAAGAAGGCCGGAAGGACGAUAGAGGAGCGGCUGGCGAAAGAAAUCAUUGGCAUUACUAAGGGAAGUAGCGAGGUCCUUAAGACGAAGGAGGAGGUUCAUAGGUUCGCAAUGGUCAACCGCGGUAAUGCACGGUCUCGUGUGUGA